UUUGAGAAGCGCAUUAGUGGAUGCGUUUUCUAGUGAAGUUUGACGAGCAAAUAUGGCCGUUCCUCAGACGCUAUAUCCAUCAUUCUUCCUUCUACUCAACCGCGACGAAGAUGCAGUAGAGGUUCGUCCAAUUUUAAUGCCGUUUUUCUUCAUUUUCUAUGGGGAAUCGAUCGAUAGUUUCAAAUUUUCUGAAAUUGAUCUGGUUUUACUUGUUCAGGCUCACGAAGCUGCUGGCAUGGUGGGAAUGUGGCGAUAUUUUGGGCGGAUGAAAUGGGAUGGUCGGCGGGACGUGGGUGGCUUGCUCGAGAAAUGGCGGAGUUGCAUUCAUCACAAACUUCGUUUCUUGAAGUGUUAUAGCGAUAAUUGAAACCUGAAAUUGUUAAAAGAGGCACUAAACUGGCAUUUGAAUCCUUCGAAGGGUCUGAUUUACCUGUUU